AUGGACGCGUCGUCGUCGGACGUGAGCCCCGAUGUGGUCGCCAUCACGCUCAACGCCGACUCGGACGACGACAGGAUGAUUGAGAUGCGUACGUACUGCGCCAGUGAGCACUGCACGAGUGUGUGGUUCCAGGCGCCUCUUCCCGCGCACACCGGCGUCUUCUACGAGCACGACCUCAAGGUGUACGACUACAUACAGCUGCUCUUGCACAUCUUUGACCCCAAGCCACUGCACUUUUGCACCAAGUGCCACGAGACGCUCUCGGCCACCGAGAAGGCGCAGUGCAGUGGCCACGACGGCUUCUGGACCAUCUGUGGCACGUCCCGCGCCGAAAAGUACGACCUCUACGUCUCCUUUGUCUCGCUCUGCCAGCGCUGUGCGAUGCCGCUACUGCUCUCCCUUCUCUGCUUCCCGCUUCUGGCGCUACUGGAGGCGCUUCGGUGCCCGCUGCCAGCCAAAGUCACCGAGCUCUGGGCGCACCUGCCCCGCUUCCACGCCUUCCUGUCGUGGGCCUACCUCUGGGCGACGUACGCCAGCAUCGUUCUCUCGGUGCCGUUCACCGCGCAAGUGCUUUUCUGGGGCCUCCUUGAGCUCUACACGGUCUUCCUCCUCGUCGUCGGUCUCGCCUUUGCGAGGACGCUCAAGCAGCGCGGCCGGUACUCUGCGCGCUACGAGAUCUUCUUCGCGCUCCAGGCGGUCGUGUUUCCGAGCGCGUGCCUCCUCCUCCCGCUCAAUCUGAUCUUGUCGAUCCCGAACAUGCACCUCCUCGGCGUAUCGAUGGACCUGAGGACGCUGCAGCUCGUCGACGACCAUGACGUGCCGUUGGAGCCGAGCUUUCUGCCCAAGCACUUUGCGUCGACGCGGCUCGUACAGUCGAUUCGGCAGAAGCUCGUCAAGUGGGCGGUCCGGCUCGUCGUGCUCGUCAACUCGACAAUGGGACUCAACUUGAUCCUGAUGUUGUCGUGGACGACAUGGGUGCUGCCGACGACGUCCAUUCUUCUUCCCGGCUUCAACACGUUGGUCAACUCGCCCGACAACGUCCUCUACAACAUCACGGGGCACGGGACCUCGAGUUGCACACCAGGUAUCUGGAGCUUUAAGCUCGAGCCGACGCCGACCACCGCCCUUGGUCUCCCGACGCUCGUGGUUUGGUUUGCGACCGAUAAGAAGGAGCCAGCGCUCUUCCGCUUGGAGAACGCAGCGUCGCUCGACGUGCGCAGCCAAGAAAGCACGUCGUUUUCGUUUCUCGCGAAGAACGGGCAGGCAGGCUUGAGCUUCCUCGGUACCUUUUACAAUACGACGUGCGACCAGGUGAAGUCGCUCACGCCGCACAUCGAGACUGUCUACGCAGACAUUUCGAUCCAGCACUACUUGGAUCUCGUGCCUGGCACGCGCGGCGUGGCGCCGAUCCCGGGCUUUCUCGUGACGAAAUUCCUCUUCCAAAUGUGCUUCAUUCCGCAGUGCGUCGGAACGUGCACGCUGGCCAUCUGGACGCUGUGGCGGCAGUUUGACGCGCUCACGCCGCGCAUCAAUCUGGCGCGAGGCCGGAACGUCGUCGCGUGGUUCCGCCUUCGCUGCGCCGUGGUCGCGACCGUCAAGCUCUACGCGACAUUUGUCCAAGCGCUUGUGCCGCUCGCCAUGGUACAGUUUCUCGUUGCUGCCGGUGGCCUCGCGGUCUACUGCCUCACGGGCACUGCGCCAAUGCCGACGUACUACCUCCUCCUCACCGCGCUCGCAGGGUCGCUCUCGAUCUUGCUCUACCUCUUCCCGCUCUCGUCGGUCGUGUCGCUCCAAGCCAACCACGCUGACACGCUGCGCGUGCACUUGCUCCAGCUGCAAGACGACCGCUUCUUGAACGAGGCCGAAGACAACCGCCGUAUUGAGUACUUCAAGGCGCUCAUCGACAAGAUCGACCACCACGACGACUACAUCCGGUACUGGGGCAAGCGUCUCUCGCCCGACCAGCUGCUCGGGCUUAGCGUCACGCUAGCGUCUGGCAUCUCGUUUGUCGUGACCAAGUCGGUCCAGUUCAGCUGGUCGCCGCUCAACCCAUGGUACAUUUCCUAUUAA